AUGUCACGACUCGGACAAUCAACACGCUUACAUCUCAACGGGCUGGAUCUGCACGCCGAGCGAGCAACAGACGACGGAUACGUCGAAAGCACCCUAGACUUGUCCAAAAACAUCGGCAACCACGAGGGCAAACUCGUCGUAGGCACCAAAUGGAAGUCCAACGAGUAUUGGAGACGCUGGGCCCCCAAGGACCUGCAAGGCACCGUUCUCCGCGUAAACGUUCGCUAUGGCGAUAUGUCGUGGGGCAUUCGCGGCACCUGGAGGCUGGAAGAAGUCGAUCUCGACCCGCUUGUCUAUUGGGAUGGCGCUGUGCUGAAGUUUGGCACACUCGCGGCCGAGGAUGAAGAGGGUCGUCAUGACAUUCGCCUCCUCGCGGAAACCGAUCGUCCUGCAGUCCUGGACGGUAUUCUUUAUGCCAGACUCGAUGAUAAGCUGCAUCAACUCGAUUUGAACCGGUCGAUAGGUAAUCACGACGGCAAGCUGGAAGUCGGCGGCGAGAACUUUUCCAUGAGUACGAAGGAUGUGGUACUCGAUGGCACCGUUCUGAAAGGAAAGCCUCGAAGAGUCGACCACGUGUGGGACACGGCUGAGAUCGACCUGAGUCACUUUAUUGCUCGUCGAGAAGGUGGCCCAACUGGAGAGGUGACUGAAUGCGUCUUCACUCCCACACUGCACAAAAGCUAUCGGCAGGUAGUCCUCCAAGUCCGCUACAGCACCUCAGACUCAGCCAAGGCAUCCAAAACACACAGUGCCGAGUAUGUCAUCUACAAUCGCGCAGAUCUGAAGAUCUCAAGCAAGUCGUUGCAGGCAAUGCCACGAAACUCCCUGCCAGAUUCCUGGUAUGAGCCGGAGAUGCGCUGGUCUCUCGUCCACUCUUCGAUCACGAAUUGCACGAGAAAUCACGGCGGUGAUUGUCGGCGAGAGGCAUGGUCGCCUCUUCCCGCACGUGUACUUGAUCUCACGGCCGUGGAUCGAGGGAUUGCUCGACUGAUCAUCACGAACGGCGAAUGCGAGCGAUACGCUUGUGCCAGUUAUCGGUGGAGCAGUGCUACUCCGUUCACACUGACUAUGGCAAAUCAACAUGAGCUCCAAAGCGAGGGAGUCAAAACCACCCUACUGCCACAAUCCAUCCAAACCGUGAUUGACGUCUGUUUGAAAUUGGGCCUACGGUACUUGUGGGUGGACUCUCUAUGCAUCCAGCAAGACUCCAAAGCCGACUGGCAAGUCGAGUCACAAAACAUGGCCUCCUACUACGGGAACUGUUUCAUCUGUAUCGCAACCACCUCGAAUCCCGAUGCCGACGACGAAGGGAAACCAUUCCGCCGACCAAACGCCAUCAAGUUGACAGGCACAGGGCCCGAUGGUCUGCCCUUCCGGCUUCUCGCUGUCCCACUCGAGCAGAUCGAUGAGUCCCCAGAAUCCCAACACUUCACCCAACUCUCCGAAAAAGAACUCGACGCCACCUUUCCCCUUCUCAAAAGAGGCUGGGUGUACCAGGAGCGCAAGCUCGCUCCACGAAUCCUGCAUCUCUGCAAAAAUGAGCUCGUGUACGAAUGCGGGGCACAAACAUGGUGCGAAUGUGGGCACUGCCAGGAGUACCAGAUCAACUGGACGAAGUCGAAGCCCGAGCCUCCUCUCCGAUUGUAUAGCUACGGCAUUGGCGUACCAGAGCCCGAGGGCCGCGACGAACGGAAGGCGGGAGACCAGUGGAGGUCUGCGUGCGCGGCCUAUAGCACGCUGGACUUGACUUUCGCAAGUGACAGGUUGCCCGCCAUCUCAGGAUUCGCAAAAUCCCUGCAGCUCCGCGGGCGCUAUCUCGCGGGCUUGUGGCAAGAAAGUCUCCUGGCGGAUUUGUGCUGGUACGUCGGGCCGGAACUGGUGGUCGACGACCCACGCCUCACAAAACAGAAUACCAUCCGUGAAGGCGAGCGACAACUCGCCACCAAGCCGCGCUCGCAAACCUACAUUGCGCCCUCUUGGUCCUGGGCGAGCGUCGAGGAGCCCAUCACUUUCCUUCCAGUCUCCACUUGGACAGAGCCUACGCCGUACAUCACCCUUUUGGAAGCGGGUAUCGUGCCAGAAUCAGACAACCCUAUGGGCGCCGUGACGCCCGCCAGCCAUCUAAAGCUGAGAUGCAAACUGCUCGAAACGGCGUGGACGUGCAGUUUCAACAAAGAGUCUAGCGAGUCCUGGUACAAACUCACCGCAGUAAAGGGCAUGCAAGGCCAAUUCGGCAUGUUUCCCUUUGCGGGGAAGAGCGCGAAUCGAAUCGUAAUGCCAGGACAUCCAGAUGAAGCCGAAGCGGAGACGAUCCGCUUUACACCGGACUACAACAUCACCAUCUCCUCGUCUUCGAAAGCUGCAAUCCCCGCGGAUGAAUGCCUUUUCCUCAUGCCAAUGCGAGCUGAGAUCGCGUAUCUGGGAGCAUAUCUUUUGAAAGACGUCGAUCCGGAGGAAGUGAUUAUCGGGCGGGCGGGAGGCGAGUAUGCGCCUUCGAAUUAUGCGAAGGUGAGGGCGCUGGUGUUGCGGCAGGUUGCUGAGCACGAGCUUCUCGUCAAGCAAGGGAAUUUGCCUGUUUUUGAGCGGGUGGGAUUUACUUGGUAUUUUGCUAGGAAGCCGUUGGAGAUUGAGGAAUCGCCUGACUUUAGAAGCAUGGAUAUCAUUCUGGUGUAG